AUGGCAUAUGGCGAGCCUCGCUUUGCGGUGAUUACUAACUUUGAUUCGGCCUAUGAGAUUGGUUUCCAAUGUGCGGCAGUGAACGAGCAAUACUGCAAACGAUGGGGUAUUCCUUUCUUGCCUUGCAUCCUCGAGAAAGAAGAGAUGGAGAGCAUUUGCGACGGCCGCCAUUUUGCAUGGGCCAAAGUUGCCCUGUUCACAUGGCUCUUCAGCCCCGAGCGCUGCUCCUCCGCAGCCCGAAGGAUGUUUGGAGCCUGGCUGAGGGAGGAGGAGAAGGAGAAGCUUGUUCAGACCGUCGAUUAUUUUGUUUGGAUCGACGGAGAUGCCAUGGUGAUAGACCACAGCCGCCCGCUGAAAGACUUUGUUAUGGGACGCUUCACCAGGAAGGAUUUGAUUCUGGCGGAAGAUAUGUCCUGGGCAGAUUGCUUGAACACAGGCGUCUUCUUUGCUCGUAGCGACUCCGCAUGGUUGAGAAGCUUCUGGGCAGACACGUGGGACGGAUCACAUCCUCGUUUUCAUCAGGCGCCCUUUUGGGAUCAGAGCGGGAUAUGCCAAGAGCUGGCCAAGCGACGAGAAUUCCUGCCACAGGUGCUUGGUGCUAUGGCUACAGGAGUCACUUCUGGACCAUGGUUCAGCUGGAAGGGUGGGCCUUUCCUGAAGGAGACGCCUCAUUUAGGGAUUUGGGACACAGCAUCGUUGCAGUUUGCCAAUCCGCUGCAUGCGCAGUUUAUCCUCCACCUGUGCGGUUAUUCUGCCAAGCUCAAGCUUUGCAGGAACUUAUGCAGAAGUGGAGUUCUUCGAAACCUUCAGCUGGAUGGCUCUCAUCAGUCAGGUGCCAUGACGACCUUGUCAUCACAUCCCAUGUGGACGUCCGCUCGGGAGCUGUUGCAAAACAUUGAGAUCAAAGCCUGGGCUUGGGGACCAUGCGGCGAGAAGCCCAGCCCUAGAGGGUGCUUGCCUGUGAUCUCACGUCCAACACCUGCAGCUCUUCGUUGGUUUCAACUCAGAGCCCGACACGGAGAUGCGGAGGUGGUUGUGGAAAGCAUCGCGAAUGAAGGAAUAGGAGGACGUCGCUUUCGAGGGGAACUCUGGCAAGUGAUCGACUACGUGCGUGGUUGGCCGCCGCCCUGCCAUCCAGUGCUUGGAAAGUUAUGCAGACAGCAAUUGUGGUGCACUCGCUGGACUUUGCCCGGUGAGAGCAGGCCAGAUGGGCAAGAGCUCCAGAUCUUGCACUUGUAUCCGCCAGGUGCAAAGAUCAGAUGCUGCGCAGGCUCAAUGGAGCUUCUCUUUUGGAUCCUCUCGGGUGAGAUGGACUGCUCUUUGGGCUCCUCGAGGCGGAGUUUGGCAGAAGGCGAAGCAGUUUGGAUUCAGCCUGGUCACGAGAUGCUCAGUACGGUCCUGGCGCCCACCGCAGCCAUUUGUCAGCUGCCUUGGGGUGCAGAUCCAGAGGUGCUGCACUUGGGGUCCGCCUUGGGGAGCAAAGUUGUGCCGCCCUUGGGGUGGACCUGGUUUGGCCAUCCCGAGAACUGGCUUGGAGCCCCUCCUGGACACAUGCCAGUGGACCAGGUGACCCUUGCCCAGGAAAAGGCGAAGAUGGCCCACAAGGACGAGCCUCGUGGGCAUCGGAUGGAAGUGCCUGAUCAGCUUGGGAUGAUUGAUCACACGGACUCUUCUUCAUAUGAAGCCACCAAGCAGAAGAUGGAAACACACCCAAUGACGGAUUUCAUGAAGGUUGUCCAAGCAUUGACGAUUUGCAGUUCAACGGACUGGACUCCACCCGCGCCCGCCGUGCAGACCCUGCAGACCUGCUCCAUGCGGGCCACAAAGAUGGCCUCCACAAGACCUGUGAAGGCGCGGAUGGGGGAGGACGGGGCCAUGCGCGGACAUUUUGGCUGGUGA